CGCCCCCGGGACCAGAACCGGUUGCCGCUGCCGACUCCACGGACCUAGUGCCCAGCGUUGGAGGCUCGGACCCGUGGCUAACACCGGGCGCCCCGCCUCCCGCCCGACAUGGCCGCGCCCCGUGCCCCUCGCGCUCUGGCGGCAGCCGCGCCCGCAACCGGAAAGGCCAAGCUGACGCACCCCGGGAAGGCGAUCCUAGCAGGCGGCUUGGCCGGCGGCAUCGAAAUCUGUAUAACAUUCCCAACUGAGUAUGUGAAGACGCAGCUACAGCUGGAUGAGCGCUCGCACCCGCCACGGUAUCGGGGCAUCGGGGACUGCGUGCGGCAGACGGUCCGCAGCCAUGGCGUUCUGGGCCUGUACCGUGGCCUCAGCUCUCUUCUCUACGGCUCCAUUCCCAAGGCGGCCGUCAGGUUCGGAAUGUUCGAGUUCCUCAGCAAUCACAUGCGGGACGCCCAGGGAAGGCUAGACAGCACACGGGGGCUGUUGUGUGGCCUGGGUGCAGGUGUGGCAGAGGCUGUGGUGGUCGUGUGCCCCAUGGAGACCAUCAAGGUGAAGUUCAUCCAUGACCAGACCUCCCCCAACCCCAAGUACAGAGGAUUCUUCCACGGGGUUAGGGAGAUUGUACGGGAACAAGGACUGAAGGGGACCUACCAGGGACUCACCGCCACUGUGCUGAAACAGGGCUCAAACCAAGCCAUCCGAUUCUUUGUGAUGACUUCCCUGCGCAACUGGUACAGAGGGGACAACCCCAACAAACCCAUGAACCCACUGAUCACCGGGGUUUUUGGAGCUAUUGCUGGUGCAGCCAGUGUCUUCGGAAACACGCCUCUGGAUGUGAUCAAGACCCGGAUGCAGGGCCUGGAGGCACACAAAUACCGGAACACGUGGGACUGUGGCUUGCAGAUCCUGAGGAAAGAGGGGCUCAAAGCAACCGACCAGGGCCCAGGGGAGAAGCUUUGGGAAGACUCGCUUCUGGUGAAGGGCGAGGGACAAGGCCGUGGAACAGCUGGGCCUCCCUUAGCACCGGGCCAUAGAAGUCUGUAAACGGGGACCCGUGGACGCAGAAAGCACCGGGACACAGCCCGGGGACCUAUUUCUGAAGCAAGAAUAAGGUUUUCUUAAAUCUCGGGUUCAAGCAAAGAAGGUUGCAGCGGCUGAGACGGAUCGCGUCCCGAGGAACAAGUCGGCGGAAGUCAGGACGGGCACGCCGAUGGCGUCACGAGGACGCGCCCGGCCGCCUGGGGCAGAGUAGGUACUCUCCCGGCGGUCCCGGGUGCUGGAACUUCUCUGGUCCUACCACGGCAGCCCGUGAUCUCAGCGUUUUCUGUCCCAGGCUGGGCUGCGUGGAGGCUCCUUGUGGUUCUUGGAUAUUUCGUUGCGAGUCCCCCGACUUCGCCCACAGUUCCCCAACACUCGGCUGGCUUAGUCAAUGCCGUCCACUUUCCUGGAUUCUCUAAUGGCACCUCCCAGGAGGAUCUGCUGCCAUCACCGGAGGUUGCCGAGAGCCCUGACGCACCAGCUUGAAGGGACACUCCCCAGCCUACCGCCCCACCUUCCACUUUCCUAAGGCUAAACUUAUUCUGAGGCGUCCCGCUCUCUACAUACCCCCAAAAGCUACGAUUUCCUUUUCCUGAAACACUCCCCCCCCACCCCGCCCGGUGAUGUAGAUUGAACUCAGGGUCUUACCCUUAGUAGUCAAUUGCUUUACCACUGCACCAUAUCCUCACCCCGCUGGAACAUUCGUACCUUCCACCUUAGCCCUGUAAUUCUCCACUGCUGUUCAGGCCCUGUCUGACCCGUGCGCUGAUAUGGGGCAUCUUUCCUGAACUACACCCUCACCUGAUUAUCCUCUUGGGCUCUCAGAUCCAAGCUCCCAGACUGCAAAAGCCUGUAACCUAGGGCACCUUUCCUUUACCCUUUCCACAGGGCCUAGGUUGGAGAUUCUCUGGUCACUACUAAAUGA